AUCUGGUGCCAUUUUGUACCUAUAUAUAUGUUCAAAUAAAUAAAUAAUUAAAUCUGGGGAUUGGGGGUCAAGAACAAGUGUGAAUUCUCACGAAAUUUACUUGGUAAUGAUGCAUUACUUUUUGAUACUUGCUUUGAAAACGUGUAUUCCUAUCAACCCUUAUUUUUCUUCAGCAAAAAGUAUUUGGACUUAACCAAGAUAUGUCAAGUCUUGAUGCGUAAGUCAGUCUUUUCAGUAUCAUUAUUAUUACAUUCAAGCCCAGCAGAUUUGUUUAAAAAAUUGGUUAAUGUUCUAACCACUUGGCUAAAGACAUUAGAUGGUGAGUACUAUGUGUAUCUCUGGAUAAUUUUUAUAAAAAUAUCAGAAUUUACUAAGAAAGAAGAAGAGUUUGCUAAUACUUCACAAAAUUUUAGUGUCGACCCCAAGUACUGGGCUACAACAAGUGAAUUGGCGUACUCAGUGGGGAAUAUAUGCGAAUGUUAUAAAAAUACAAACCAACAAUCACUCCUGGAACCUUUGAAAAAAAUUUGUGGCACACUACCCUCUAUAAACGAUAUUUUUGUCGAGAGGGAAGAAAUUCUGAAAGAAAUCAACCGGAAAUGUCGAAAAAUCAGAAAAACAGAACUCCCAGAGCAUGGAAAUGAAAUCUCAGGAAGGCAUAAAAAGAUUUCACAAUCAGUUGAUUCAUUAACAAGUCGUUUACAUGCUAUUGAAUACAUAAUAAACGUCAAUUUGGUAGAUCUCACUUCAACGUUAGAAGUAUUUUUGUCGUCGUCGUUCCAUGCUCAUCUCGACUGUACUUACGAAUUUUUUCAAAAAGCAUCGAUAGUCAAUCAACAAAUGUCGGAUUUAUUGAAUACCGGUCAAAAUGAACUCAGUCUGUUAGAUAAAAAAAUGGAUGAGGAUAUGAACUCCAUAUACAAGCUCCUACAUCUGAAACCUGAAAAAUAAUAGGCUCUUGAUUUGUUGAUAUUUUAUUGGUUCAUCAUAUUGUUCAGUCCUAUUUUCCUCAGAAUUUUAUUGGUAUAGUGCAAUUUAAUUUUUCUUUAUUGAAUACAAUUAUUUUGAAAGAGGGAAAUUGUUUUCUGCUUCAUAACUUAUCUCACUAAUUUUUUAACUGCAGUUUUCUCUUAAACUGGUGGAUAACCACAUAGCAUAUGACUUUUGUUAACUUGUUGAACAGACUGCAGUUCAGAUUACUACUUCAAAUGGACAUGAACAUAUAGGCUAUGUAGUAUAGCAUAAAAAAUAUAUAAUUCAUCAUCCUAAACUCAGGAUGAGAACACCUUAUUGUCCUAUUUACUUGGUAACCAAGUUAUGCAAUAUAUUACUGACGCCUGUUACCCCAGUUGCUAUACGUUUUUUUCGUGUCUGUUUCCGAUUCCCGAUGCAACGUGUUUCUUGGUCUUCCACUUUUUCCUCCCUCUCCAGGGUUCCAAAUUAGCACUUGCCUCGUGAUGCAGUUUGGUGAUUUC